UAUGAGAGAACACAGAAACAGACAAACACACCACUCAACAGCAGCACCUGUGUCAACAAGUGAAGAUGCUCUAAGACGUGGCGUGGUAGCUUGGACAUGAGGGGUUGUAGAGCUCAAGGAUGCAUGAUGCCGUAGGGAUGGAGACUGAAUCAGAGUCUCGCGGGAGUUUUGCCGGGCGCCAUAAUUAUGACUGCUUUGCCCUCCGCUCUCAGCACAGUGGGCACUAUCGAAAGGCAGCUUGACCGAAGUUGAUGCGCCUUCUAUUGCUCGGGCAUGACCUCACUGGCGGGAUUUCUGGCCUUGACGUCUCGCUCAUAGCUAGCUCAGGACUUCUGCACUUCUCUCACUAUAAAAUAUCCACCCCGCCAGCUUUCAAUUUGCCUCUUCAGUCAAUUUUCCCCUCUAUUCGACCACACCUCCAUCCCAUUUGUGUUGCCAUCCCAAUUGACAACUAUGCCUUACCCAGAGACUGCCACCGGCUUCCAGGUCACUGACCUCAAGAACUGGAGCACCUUCACCAAGCAAGAAUUCAAGCUCAAGCCCUUCGAAGACGACGAUAUCGACAUUGCCAUUGAUGCUUGCGGUGUCUGUGCCUCCGAUGUCCACACAAUCAGCGGCGGCUGGAGUGAGGACGUUCCUCUCCCCCUCUGUGUGGGUCACGAAGUCAUCGGACGCGUGAUAAAGGUCGGCAAGAACGUCAAGGACAUCAAAGUCGGCGACAGAGCUGGUGUGGGUGCUCAAGUCGGCGCCGACCUGACGUGCGGCCAAUGCAAGCAGCAAAACGAGAACUACUGCCCCAACCAAAUCGACACAUACGGUGCCCCAUAUCCAGACGGCACGCUCUCCCAGGGCGGAUACGCAAGCCACAUACGCGCCCAUCAGUACUUCACGUUCAAAAUUCCCGACGGUCUAGACACUAAUCUCGCAGCACCAAUGCUCUGCGCCGGUCUCACAACCUACUCUCCCAUAAAGCGACUCGGCGCCGCACCAGGAAAGAACAUUGCAAUCGUGGGCCUCGGAGGCCUAGGCCAUUUCGGCGUCCUUUGGGGCGUCGCCCUCGGCGCAGACGUGACCGUCCUCUCACACUCGCCGUCCAAGAAAGAUGACGCCCUCAAGCUCGGCGCGAAGCACUUUGUGUGCACCAAGGACAAGGACUGGGCAAAACCGCUAGCAUUCAGCUUCGACUUCAUCAUCAACAGCGCCGACGCAACGGACAAGUUCAACCUGCCAGACUAUUUCAGCACGCUCAAGGUCGGCGGCUCGUUCCACAUGGUUGGUUUCCCCGACAAUCCGCUGCCGGCCAUCCAGGCGCAGGCUUUUGCCGGUACUGGUAACUACAUGGGUGCCUCCCACAUUGGCAAUCACCAGGAGAUGGUCGAGAUGCUGCAGCUGGCGGCGGACCAGAAGAUCAAGAGCUGGGUGCAAGAGAUCAAAAUCUCUGAAGCUGGCUGCAAGGAGGCGGUCGAGAAGGUCUACAACGGCGGCGAGAAUGGUCCUAGGUACAGAUACACACUGACUGGCUUUGACGAGGCAUUCGGAAAGCGAUACUAAAGUCUUCGAAGCGGAAGUGAUGGUAUUUUUUCCUUCUUCAUUCAUGUAGCAUAUAUUAGAGAGAAUUCCAACGCAGUUAAUAGCACCCAU